AUGGCAUCUAAGCAACAGCAUGUGGACGUCGCCGUCCUCGGCGGCGGACUGUGUGGCGUUCUUGCCGGGCAUCGGUGCUUCCAGGAGGGCCUAUCCUACACUAUAAUUGAGAGGGAGAGUGAUUUUGGAGGCGUCUGGGGCACGCUGGCCAAUAAACACAGCCAUUUGCAGGCAUUCGAAGCUAUGUAUCGAUGGCACGAGAAGUACCCGCUGGGUUCCAAUCCACUAUCGAAGCUUUCUUCAGGAGUUGUUCUGGAAAAGAUCCAGCAGUUUGCAAAGGAUUUCGGCCUGUACAACAAUGCAUCCUUCGGCUGUGAGGUCGUCAGUACCCACUUCAAUGAAGGAGAGGACCGGUAUGAGGUCCUAUACAAAGACAGGAGAUCCGGCCAGAGUCACACCAUUACUGCUACAUUUCUGAUGGUGACAACAGGGAUCUUGGGAGAGCAGUUCUCCCUGAAAGAGCGCAACAUUAAGAACAUUGGUGCCUUCAAGGGCAGCGUCAGCCUGGCGGGCAGGCAUGAACGCCAUGACUGUCCCAUUGGCAGCGAAGACGCACAUGGCAAGUUUGUGGCCAUACUUGGGACUGGCGCGUUUGCCUGUGAGGCCAUGGAGGCAGCGCACCGGAAUGGCGCUGAGCACGUCUACCUGAUUUCCAGACCACGCAAAAGAUGGGUGCUGCCAUUCUCGAGACAAUUUACCACAACCUUUGUUUCCUACGCGCCGAUAGUGCCCUGGACGUGGAAGAUGGCCCUCCUGAAGAACUACCUCUCCUCAAAGUUCUACAGCGCAAGUGGCCUCCAGCACAUGAUUCCAGCUGGGUCUGACAUGGACUACACAGGUCAAUGCAACGAUGCAUUCUUCAACCUUUCCAAAAAGGGGAAAGUGUCCUUCUUGCUGGACAGUGCCGAAUCCUUCACUGAGAACGGUAUCUUGUUGAGGAGUGGCCAGAAUGUGAGCGCGGACAUCAUCAUUGUUGCAGCUGGAUGCAAAUUCACAAAGCGACCAAAAUUCCUUGAAGGCGUAAAAACAGGUUACGAUGAUAUCUACAGCUACGCUUUCCUCGGACCCAGUGCAAGGAUUGGGACUGCGAGCGACUUUGUCUAUGCAUUCGUACCGCACGGUCCCAAGAAGCAACUUGACAUGUUCUUCCACGGUAUCAAAUGCUUUCAUUCUGGCAAAUUUGAGGUGCGAUCCUGA